CUGUUUUUGGCUUCCCCUGUUAAGAUAAACUGGAAGCGGAACGAAAAGUUGGGCUCCAGUUUCCCCCCGGAGCGCCACAAUGAGACAACAAGUCAUUAAUAGCAGCGAAAUAGAUCGGAUUCCCGUCUGUGGGCAGAAUUGGAUCAUUUUAGCCGUAGGAAGACGGUGAUGUGAAUGUUUACAACAACAAUAUGUUCAGUUCGGCCUCUUAACGAGUUCACAGAAAGCGACCGAAGAAGAAGAAAUGGAUUCAGAUCACAGGCUGCUGGAUCUGAACCGAAGACACGGAGCAGAUCGUCUACGGCAGAAUUUCACAGAUCAUCAGGAUGGGAACUCUAAUAUGAACCAGGAGAAACAAGAACUAGUUCAGAUUAAAGAAGAAUGGGAUGAAUUGAAACCGCUGCAGAUAACAGACAGCAAGAAGAAGCAGGAACUUCUGACUGUAACUGAGAACCAGGCGGCACUACAACAUCAGAGGAUAAAGGAAGAACAGGUGGAACUACAAGUUCUGCAGGUCAAAGAGGAACACAAUGUGGAACAAGAGGUUCCGCACAGAUCGCAGAACCAUGUGGAGCGAGAGGAUCAACACAUAAAACCAGAACCAGAGGAACUGGAAAUCUUGCAGGUGAAAGUGGAAGAGAUGGAAAUGCGUAUUAGUCAGGAUGAGGAGAAGGUUUCACUGAAGCAGGAGGCUAGUUCCUUUGAGGAUAGAGACUGUGUUGAGCCAGAACCAAUCAUAAAUGGACCCGACUCCCAGGACUCUCCAGAAGCUGAGACCCAGAAUCAGGAAGGGAGCAAUCCUGAAGACUCCGAAUCAAGCCGGGAUGAGAACCUGUAUUCCUGUGACAUUUGUGAUAAAUAUUUUACACUCAGUAGUUACUUAAACGAUCACAUGAGAACUCACACAGGUGAGAAGUCUUUCAUGUGUCUGACCUGUGGAAAAACAUUCACUCAGAGAUGUAACCUGACCCGUCACAUGAGAGCUCACACGGGCGAGCGACCUUAUCCGUGUGAAGUGUGCGGUAAAGGUUUCAACGACAGCGGGGAUUUAACUCGUCACAUGAGAACACACACUGGUGAGAAACCUUUCUCAUGUCUGACCUGUGGGAAGGGUUUUACCAGGCAGAUCAGCCUGACCGCUCACAUGAGAAUACACACAGGUGAGAAGCCUUACCCAUGUCUGUCAUGUGGGAAAAGUUUCACUCAAAGCAGCGCCUUAACCGUCCACAUGAGAACCCACACGGGUGAAAAGCCGUAUCCCUGCGGGGUGUGUGGGAAACGUUUCUCCCGGAGCUGCCACCUAAACGUCCACAUGAUCACUCACACAGGUGAGACAUUCCCGUGUCUCACCUGUGGGAAACAUUUCACCCACAACAGUGCCUUAAACGUCCACAUGAGGAUUCACACAGGUGAGAAGCCUUAUCCAUGUGGGCUAUGCGGUAAAUCCUUCUCUCGGAGUAGCCUACUGACUGUUCACAUGAGAACGCAUUCGGGAGAGAAGCCCUAUCCAUGCGAAGUGUGUGGGAAGUACUUCUCAAGGCGCAGCCACCUGACGGAUCACAUGAGAACCCACACGGGGGAGAAGCCUUUCUCCUGUCAGACCUGUGGAAAGUGUUUCAGUGGCAGGCAUAGUUUGAAGUUUCACAUGGGGACUCACACACGAGAAAAUGUUUAAUCUGAGAAAUCACAUAGUCUGUAGUUCAUUAAGAUGCACUUAUUGGGCACUUGUGUAAAUAAUUGAUCUUGGAAGUUAAAAAAAGAGUACAACUUUCAGUUAAUUCAAAAGUAAAUAAUAUAACAAAACUUAUAUUUAUAACCUGUAAUUUUACCUUUUAAACAUUUAAAGAAAAAUAUAUGUAUAUUUAUAGCAAAUAUACCCACUAUAUAUUUUACUUUCUACUAAGGUUUUAUUUUUUUAAGUGUGAUUAUUAAUGUUGGAUUGUGUGUUAUUUGUAGAAUGGAGGUGAUUGACACUGCUAACUAAAAAGUUAGUUCUGCUAACACUAAAGCACUAGACCAACAUGGUAGUUAGUUGAAGCUAAUGUUAAAACACUAAAUUCAAUCGUGUUGAUACCCACCAUGUGUUAAUGUCAUGACAUGGAGUAUGUCGCCCUAUACAAGGUGAAAUCUGUGACUGCACGACUUCAGGAGGAGAUUCUUUAGAAUAGACAUUCCCCCUCAUGGUUUCAGUUUUAUAGUUGUUGAGUAUUGCUAACGCUGUCGCUCAUUUUGCCUAAUUGACCAGUCAGAAAGCACACAGCACAUCAAGAAGAUUUUAAACUGUUUACUGUGGAACACUAAUGCAUUGUGGGUACAGAAAAACAUAAUUUGCUGCUGCUGCAUCACAGAUGGAGAACAGGAUGAGAACCAAUAAAAAGGCUCUAAACAAUUAA